AGGCGGUUUGUUGUGCUAGAGGCGUUCCAGCUGAGUUGUAUCGCAUUGUUUGGAAUGGGAAUUAAUAUCGUGUAAUUGUAUUUUUUAAUUAUUUUUUUUUAUUUUUGUCAGACUUUUAGGGUCUUAUCUUUUAACAUAUGAGUGUUUCACUGGUUGUAAUCCGGCUGGAGCUUGCGGACGAUUCUCGCUUUCCGGAAGGUUUCCAGUAUUGUGCCGGCGACAUGUCGGAUGAUGAAAUCAAAGAGAAGUCUCUCCGCUCUGCCAUUACCAGUCUGGAUGGCAAGACCUCCGCAGAGAAAACCAUGAUUUUACACCAGCACAUUGGGAGCAGGGCAAUGAUGGAUAUGGCCAUUGAAACCAUAAGCCCUAGCCAAGAGAAAGUGGAUUCUGAACAUGCUCCUGAUGCGGAGGACAGUAAGAGUGGAGUGUGCGAGGCACCAAGCCCUUCUGAUACAAAUAGUAAAAGCACUAAUGAGGCUGUAGGAACAGUGCCGGACUCUCCAUCCAAACAACUGCCUGAUCAGAUUUCCUUCUUCAGCGGGAACCCUUCUGUGGAAAUUGUGCAUGGAAUCCUGCAUCUCUACAAAACCAACAAAAUGACCUCGCUGACGGAAGAUGUGCGGCGCAGUGCCAUGUUGUGCAUUCUUACCGUCCCCGCAACCAUGACGAGUCAUGACCUCAUGAAGUUUGUGGCACCCUAUAACGAUGUCAUGGAGCACAUGAAAAUCAUCCGAGACUCGACUCCCAAUCAGUACAUGGUGCUAAUCAAGUUCUGUUCUCAGACUGACGCAGACAGCUUUUACACUUCUUGCAAUGGGCGUCAAUUCAAUUCUAUUGAGGACGCUGUCUGCCAGCUGGUUUAUGUGGAGAGAGCAGAAGUCAUCAAAUCUGAACAGGGAGCCAGUCUUCCUGUGAUGGAUCUGACGGAGCUUCCUAAGUGCACUGUGUGUCUGGAGAGGAUGGAUGAGUCAGUGAACGGUGUGUUAACGACCCUCUGUAACCACAGCUUCCACAGUCAGUGCCUGCAGCGCUGGGAAGACGCAACAUGCCCUGUUUGCAGAUACUGCCAGACUCCAGAGCCAGUGGAAGAGAAUAAAUGUUUUGAGUGCGGUGUUCAGGAGAACUUGUGGAUCUGUUUAAUAUGUGGACACAUCGGAUGUGGCCGCUACGUCAGCAGACAUGCCUACAAGCAUUUUGAGGAAACGCAGCACACCUAUGCCAUGCAGCUAACCAACCACAGAGUCUGGGACUAUGCAGGAGAUAACUAUGUUCACCGCCUGGUUGCUAGUAAAACUGAUGGAAAGAUUGUACAAUAUGAAUGUGAGGGAGAUUCAUGCCAGGAUGAAAAGAUAGAUGCACUUCAGCUGGAGUAUUCAUACCUUCUGACCAGUCAGCUGGAAUCGCAACGAAUCUACUGGGAAAAUAAAAUUGUUCAUUUGGAAAAAGACACUGCAGAGGAAAUCAAAAACAUGAAGUCUAAGUUUAAGGAGACCAUUGAGAAAUGUGACAGCCUGGAACAGAAGCUGAAUCAGUUAGUUAAAGAGAAGCAGUCUCUGGAGAAAAAGUGCACACAGGUAAACACAAGGCUGGCGAAGCUGAGCGUGGAGCUGCAGGAAGAGCAGGAGAUGAACAAGUGCCUGCGGGCGAACCAGUCCCAGCUGCAGGCCCGGCUGAAGGAGGAGGAGCGGCGGCUGCGGGAGACUUCGGAGCAGAAGGAGCGGCAGAUCACUGAGCUGCAGGAGCAGCUGCGAGACGUCAUGUUCUACCUGGAGACGCAGCAGCAGAUCAACCAGAUGCCAGCCGAGGCGCGCCAGGAGAUCCAGGAGGGGCAGAUCAACAUCGCUGUCGCUGCCUCCUCAAACUCCCCCAACCUGGGCAGCACCGGCAAGCUUUCCACCAGGAAGGGCCGGGGCAAGAGGGGCAAAUAAAGAACGGAUUGCCUGCAGAAAUUGCUCCACAAUAAAAAUUAAAAAAUCGGUAACAAUAUAAAGACUCUUAUCUCGGAUCACCCCCUCCUGUUUGUUUUUUUUUUUUAUUAUUAUUAUUUUGUGACCUCCUAAACUAUCUGAUCCCUGUAAUACAGCACUUUUUUUAUUUUGGUUAUUGAAUUGUUUUUUUGCACCACACUAUUGAGACAUUUUCAUUAAAAAUGGUCUCCAGGGCAUCUAAUGUUUUGUCAUCCCCCUAUACUGGAAACUGCAACACAAGAUGCUUUGGGAACCCUCACAUCAUCUGCUGCAGAUCUCUGUAAAGAAGCCCACUCAGAGUUUAAGCAUUCAGCAUUUCUAUCCUUUCUCUAAGGAAUAUGUGCAUCUGUCUGUGUUAUGUGUUUCAUAUAUAAUUGCGUAAGGGGAAUGGGAAAGUGAGUUAAAACGUUUGCAGACAAUUCCCAAUUUGAAGCACAUUCAUUCAAAGAGGCACUUAAGUCAUUUUGCUUCCUCACAACAAGUUGACCCUGCUUUUCAUUAUGUAAUGAGGGUAUUUUAGAGUAAAUGUACUAAAUUGGGUGGUUUUCAAUUUGCACAACACAUAGCAACUGUGUAACAUAUCUUGCUAUUCAAAUAAAUUUAAACAUUUAAUUUACUGCAAAAAUUGGAUAUAUCCAUAGGUACAUGAUGUCUCUAAAUAGCUAAUGGCUGUGAUAUAUCAAUUUGGGUGUGAUCACCCAACUCCUAGCUGAAUACAAGUCGUAUGAUAUGUGUUUGAUCAUUUUGAUUACAAAAAUGAUAACAUAACAUUUUAAACGCAUUCUCAUUAAUCGGUGCUUUCAGCUUAGGGGUAAGGUUGCACAUACCAUCUAUCUACUAGGGGGUGCUAUAAGAUUAAGUAUCAGUAGGGUUAGGAAUGCAUGCACUUUACUUUGCAAGUUACCUUUUUCAUCAGUAUUUUUUUCAACCACUAUCCUUUAAACAUAAUCUGGUUACAUUUUCUUCCAGUUUGGUUUCCUGUAAUAUAUAUCUAAUGUGUGUAAAGCACAACAAGUGAUAAACUAAUUGUGCAGUUUAUGCUGAACUGAGUACAUAUACCACCUUCAAAAACUGUCCAGAAUUGAUACAGGCCAUGUAGUACAAGUAGUUUGUAAGAUUACACUGUGCAAUGUAUAUAGUACGUAAUCAUCCUGAAUGUUGUAUAUUAGAGACAGUCCUCUAUUUUUCCAGUUAUAAUUUGUAGCAACAAUUCUCAAUUACCAAUGACAAUUGAGCCAAACAAAAAUCUGUAUCAGUUGUACUACAAAUGAAUUAAAACAUUGUGUGAAUUCUUCUUCUUCUAUGCUUUGUGAAUAGCAACCCAAAAUGUAUACUGGGCUAUGA